AUGACCGACGCCCCUCUCAUUCCUCUCGCACAGUACAUCAUCGAGCGCUUCAAGCAGCAGGGCGUGAAGCAUCUCUUCGGUGUGCCUGGCGACUACCAGCUCGAGCUUCUCGACUACUUUGAGCGCGACCCCGACAUCGAGUGGGUCGGCAAUGCGAACGAGCUUGGUGCGGCAUACGCGGCCGACGGCUAUGCGCGUGUGAGUCACGGCAUGGCGGUGUGCGUGACGACGUUUGGUGUCGGCGAGCUUAGUGCUCUUGGAGGCAUCGCUGGCGCCACGGCCGAGCGCCUCCCCGUCGUUCACCUCGUUGGCUCGCCCCGGUCGCCGCUGCAGAAGGCCAACGCGCUCGUCCACCACACCAUGAACCUCCCCGGUGGGCAGUACAACCGAUUCUACAAGAUGAGCGAACAGAUUUCGGCGGCCACUGUCGUGCUUAUCAACGAGCCUGAUGACGGACUUACCGACGCUAUCGACCACGCCAUCCGCACCUGUGUGGUCGAGGGCCGUCCCGUUUACCUCGACGUUCCUCUCGACUACAACCACCGCGAAGUGAGCGCGGCGCCCCUUGCCACGCCUCUCCCGAAGCUUGGCGAGCCCAAGGACUUUGCCUCGAUCCAGCGCACACUCAUGCUGCCUCCUCUGGACACUGUCAACGCACAGGUGACGGACGCAAUUGUCGCCGCGUUCGACAAGGCCAAGAACCCGGUCAUCCUUGCCGACCUGUAUGCUGAGCGCUACAGCAUGCGCAAGGACGUGCGCGCGCUGGUCAAGGCGGCGAACGUACGUGCGUUCUGCUCGCCCACUUCCAAGUCCUUGCUCGAUGAACAGGACCCCAGCUACGCCGGCGCGUACGGCGGCAACAUGAGCGUCAGCGCGUGUGCGGACGAGUUUGAGGCGGCCGACUUUGUGCUCUGGGUCGGAGCGAUGAAGAGCGACACCAACACGGGCCGCUUCUCCAUGCGCAUCCCCGACGGCAGCGUCGAGAUGUACGUCGACAACACCAAGGUCGGUGCGGCAGAGUACCCCGGUACGGACAUGCGGCGGAUCGUACCCGAGCUCAUCAAGCGCCUAGCCAAGGUGGCGAAGAAGGACGCUCUCAAGGUCAACCCUGACGCCUCGUUGGCUGUGACGACCAAGGCGCAGUCGGACGCUAUCAUCUCGCAGGAGUGGAUGUGGAGUCGCUUCGGCGGGUGGUUCCAGGACACUGACGUCGUCCUCGGCGACAUGGGCACGAGCGCUUUCGGCAUGAUCCCCAUCGCACUCCCAAGCAACGCGCAGUACCACACGCAGUGCAUGUGGGGCGCCAUUGGGUGGAGUGUCGGUGCGGCUCUUGGUGCCUCCUUGGCCGCGCGCAUGGAAGACCCUGCCAAGCGCACGGUGCUCUUCGUCGGCGACGGCUCGCUGCAGCUCACCGUCCAGGAGAUCGGGACUAUGGUCCGCCGCGGCCUCACGCCGUACAUCUUCGUUAUCAACAAUGACGGAUACGAGAUCGAGCGCAUCAUUCACGGCCCCAACAUGAAAUACAACGACAUUGCCAACUGGGACUACACCAUGAUGCUCCCGCUCUUUGCUGGCCGCACGGGUGUCAAGCACGAGACGCACAGCGUCAAGACCCAGGGCGAGCUGCAGGCACUCCUCGAGGACAAGGAGUUUGCCAAGCCGGACCGCAUUCGCGUCAUUGAGGUGUUUGUGCCUCGGGGCGACGCACCGCCCGCCCUCGCGCGCAUUCUCGGCCGCAAGAUGUAG